GGCCAGACUACGAGUGACAUCUAGGACUAAAAAUCCGGAUGAGGGGAAAAACCUAGAAAUCGGCGGCCAUGCCGGUUUUUUAACCGGGUUUAAAAUUAUUGCCUGGCUCAAAUCGGCCGCCACCGACGGUAUGCCCCCGGAAUCCACCCCGCCAGAGUGCCAUCUCUUACUGGGAAAUUCAUCUUCACGCCAAAUUCUACUCCGGCACCGCAGGUUUCAUAUCUAGAGAAAAAGAUGGUAGAUUCUCAGCCCGAUUCGAAGAUAUUCAGCGUCCGUAUCGUGUCGAUGGACUACUACAUGGCGUCUCCUAUCCCCGGCCUCGACAUUUGUUACAGCAGUUUCCAUGGCGGGAAAGUGAAUGAGGUACCAGUUAUCAGAGUGUACGGGUCGACUCCGGCCGGUCAAAAGACUUGCUUGCACAUUCAUGGAGCUCUGCCUUAUUUUUAUGUUCCAUGCUCAGAUCUCUUCCAUCAAUCAGACCAACAAGGUGAAGACUGCACAAAUAGCAUAUCCCAUGCCCUUGAGAAGGCACUGAAGCUUAAAGGCAAUAUGUCCUUAAACCGUCAGCAUGUGCACUGUUGCAGUCUAGUCAGGGCGAAAAAGAUCUAUGGUUAUCAUUCUUCAGAUGAGCUAUUUGUGAAAAUAUAUCUAUACUACCCACAGGAUGUCCCCCGCGCUGCUAGUCUUCUUCGGGAAGGAGCUGUGCUAGAUAAGGUUUUUCAGCCCCAUGAAACACACAUACCAUUUCUUCUCCAAUUCUUGGUUGAUAAUAACUUGUAUGGGAUGGGUCAUCUACACAUAUCAAAGAUGAAAUUUCGUUACCCAGUACCAGAGGCCUUCUCUCCAAGGAAUGCCAAGUACAACGACCUAAAGAAAGAUGCUAUGGAUAUCCCUACCUCUUCUGCAGAUUCUAAGGCAGUUUUAGAUUCUCAUUCAUGUUUGGAUUCACCUAUAUGGAUAUCAUCCACUAUUCCUGAUGGUUGGAUUUGGCUGAACUCUAGUCAAGAUGAUACUUUGACUGAUCAAGUUCUUCCUGCCAUGAAGCGUUCAAGUACUUCUGAACUUGAAGGAGAUGCAGUUACUGAUGCAAUUCUCAAUCUACAGUUUCUAUCAUACACACCCCUUUCACAAACAUGUUCUAAAGUAAAAAUGAUUCAAUCACUAAUGCCAAUAUGGGAGGAGUUUGAAUUUAAUGGGAUGCAUGGGCACGUCAUACCUCCUUAUCAUGGGAAACCACUUCCCAAGGAUGUUUUGAGGAAACUUUCCAAUGGAAUAGGAUUUGAAGACAUUUUUCUGGAUCCUACAAACUCACCCACUGAUGAGGAUGAUGGAAUUGGGGAAUGGGAAGAGAAGAUGAAUGCAUAUCCCUGCAAAUCAGCUGAACAAUUGAAGAUAUCUGAAAAUGUUGAAUCAUCUUCAGGUGUGAAGCACUUUCAGGUAUCAGAUCAUGAUGCUUUGGGAGUUUUAAAUUGGCUUGCAUCUUCUCAAGCUGCUGAAGAUAUAAACUCAGAUGAUGACCUUACUCGUGAGACCAUUUUGAGUCCCUUAAUGCCUGCAACAACCAUAGAUAAGGUAUUAGAGAAAGCUCAUGCAGAUUAUGAGAAUGAAUCUCAACAAGAGUGUGUGGACAUUCUUGCCACUGUUCUGGAUAGAGCUAACGUUGAAGGCUUAGAUGGGACAUUGUCUUAUUUGGUUGAGUCUAUUUAUCCAUGCAAAACUUCUCCAAGCAGAAUGAUACCUCAAGUGGAUGGGUCUUCUGAUGGUAUUGGGGCUGUUUCAUGUGCCAAUAAAUCAUCUGGAACAUACAGUGAACCUGGGACCUCUUCAGAAACUGAUUUGUUGCACAAUGCUAAUUUUGGUAUGUUCAGUGAUCACAAAAAGAGAAGAAAAAUGUGGGGUCCUUUGCCUGUUUCAUCUGUUCAGAAAGUGAAUGACCUUUCAUCUACUGCUGGAGUUAGCACAAUCAGCAGAUGCCACAUAAAAGAUGAUUCUGGUUUGCCUUGCACGACAGGAUGUGGAAUAAACAUAUCUCCGAAUAUAGUAAAGGGAUCAAACAGAGAGACUGUUGUUAAAUGCUCCAUGCGGGACCUAAUGAGGAAGAAACGGUGCUACCGUACUGAACCACCUUUAUGCACGAGUGAGAUGAAAAAGAUCCCAUCAGUGAAGGAAGAUAGAGAAGAUUCAUGGUUUUGUAUUGAAAAGUCAUAUGAAGAGCAAAACAAAACACACUUGUCUUACUCCAUGAACAGGGUCUCAGUUGGUGCUCAGCCGCGAGGAUGCGAUGAGACUAACACAUGUCCUACAUCCCGGGUGCAGUUUGAACCUUAUGAUGGCAAUGCUAGGAACCCUGCCAAUGGUAAAUUGCCUAUGCACUCCAGCAUUUGCAAUACUUUUCCAAGAGACUCAUCAAAUUCUGAACUAUAUCAUUCUUUACAAGGAAGUGAUGUUCACUGUGUUAGGGAAGCAAAUGUAGCUUUGCAGAAGCUUUUGCACGGGGAAACUGAUCCGUCAGAGCAGUAUUCUUUCAGUAUGACUUCUAUGGGUGCAGUUCAGAUGGAGCAAUGCGUGCCUAAUGAUUGUGAAGAUAUAGAUAUCUGUUUUCACAAUACGAAAUCCUCAAAUACUAAUAUUGUUGUUUCUGAGUCGGUUCCAUGUGCUCAAUCAUUAAAAUUUGCAAGUGAGAAUGAAUCUUCUGGUGGAGAGAAAUUGCUCCAAAGAGAUGCAAAUGAGUCAAGCAGCCAUUAUACUCCAAUUGGAGGUCUACCUUUUAAGGAUGGAGCUCCAUCUUGUACAGAAAUAGAUUAUAUGCAAAGAUCUGAUAAGACUGGUGUAACUGUGAACAAAAUGCACUGGGUUUCAACAAAGAGUUGUGAGGCCAUGCCAGCAGCACGUGGAGUGACUCUUUCUCUAUCUGAAACUUUACCUAGUGGGUGUGAUGGGAAAAAUACUGACUCGUUCCCUCAUAGUCAUCCAUCUACCACACUCGUAACUGAAUCAAGAACUGCUCCCACCCAAACUGUGAAUUUGACUUAUCCUGAGUCACCCCUUGUGAUGAAGUGCAAACAUGAACUCGGUCCAUGCACUCGCGAAACACUUGGUAUCCCUCAGCUCCACCAUGAAGAUAAGCAAAACUAUGAUGCUUUAUGUGGUCAGGAAAUAGUUUCAGAGGAGCUCCCCCCCUUUUUUGGUAGGAGUUCUGUAGAAUAUCACACCACUUCUAGAGCUUUGGACUAUAACGAUUGUGGACAAGGUCUACUAGGAGUCCCUUUCCACUGUCAAAGUGAUGGUUCCUAUUUGUUCAUGUUGACCCCUGUCUUCACACCACCACUAGCCAAAUGUGUCGAGAAAUGGAUGACACUUGAUUCUGCAGACGUUUCCAAUGAGAAUAACGAUGUAUGCUUAACAUCCUCCCCAUCAAUUAAGGGAUCCUCUUGGCAGGUAAUGCCCAUGCAGAAUUCUCAGGCUUUGAGUAAUAGUCAUUGUCUGACAGCACCUGCAUCUGUGUCAGGUCUUAAGCCUAAUAUGGAUCUGGUAAAUCGGCAAAAUAAUGGAAGUCAUAAUGUUGAGACUCAAUUUUCUCAUGGUGAGAGCAAAAGAAUGCAGCAGAGCAAGGGGGAUCCUUUAAAAGGUAAACACUCAAGUGAUUUGGCAGGGGAUUUAUCUCAGAUAUCAGGCCCUGAUAGAAAAUCAAAACUUACUCCUCUGAGUCAAAUUGGAUUUCGGGAUUCAGCAAGUAUUGGUUUUGGGCAGCAGCUAACAUUAUUGAGCAUAGAAGUCCAAGCAGAAUCUAGGGGUGAUUUAAGACCUGACCCUCGAUUUGAUGCCAUCAGUAUUGUAAUUCUGGUUGUUUGUGAAGAUGAUGAUCCUGUAGCUGAUGCUUAUGUACUCCUGCAUUGUAAUGGUUUGUCUGUUCCAAGAAAUCUUGAUGCAUUAUCAGGAUGCAAGGUUUGGGAUUUCUGUGAAGAGAAGCAUUUAUUUAGCAAAUUUGUGAAGAUUUUUUCUUCAAUUGAUCCAGAUGUCGUGAUGGGUUGGGAUAUUCAAGGUGGUUCCCUUGGGUUUCUUGCAGAAAGGGCAUCACACAUUGGCAUUGAUUUGCUAAGAAAAAUAUCGCGUGCACUGUCAGAGACCCAUGCACCUUCAAAAGACUAUGACGAAGAAAAACGUAGCAAUCUUUUCUCGGAACCUAUCAUUAGGGAUUCUGUGCUUUGUGAGGACAUGAUGAUAAUAGAUGAUGAAUGGGGCAGAACACAUGCCAGUGGUAUACAUGUUGGUGGUAGAAUUGUUCUUAACAUUUGGCGUUUGAUGCGUGGUGAAGUUAAGCUUAAUAUGUAUACCAUCGAAAAUGUGGCUGAAGCAGUGUUGAGACGUAAAAUUCCUUCCAUUCCAGGCAAGGUGUUGACAAAUUGGUUUUUAAGUGGUCCUGGGCGUGCACGAUUUAGAUGCAUAGAGUAUAUUUUGGAGAGAGCAAAGUUGAACAUUCAGAUUAUAAAGAGAGGCCCUUUGGUUGUUCAACGGAAAGUCGGACGUUACCUUACAGACGGAGAACAUAUGGAACCACAAUCUGGAUUUUAUGCUGAUCCUGUUGUUGUCCUUGAUUUUCAAUCACUUUAUCCAUCGAUGAUAAUUGCAUAUAAUUUAUGCUACAGUACAUGUCUUGGAAAAAUCACUUCUUCAAAGACCAAUAUCCUUGGCGUUAGUUCUUAUUCACCUGGUAGAAAUAUUUUGCAGAAGAUAAAAGAUAAAAUACUUCUAACACCAAAUGGAGUUAUGUUUGUUCCUUCUGAUGUUCGUAAAGGAGUCCUUCCACGCAUGUUGGAAGAACUCUUGGAAACUAGGAUUAUGGUCAAACAAGCAAUGAAGAAGUUAGAUGUUUCCCAGAAGGUACUUAACAGGAUAUUCAAUGCAAGACAACUUGCAUUGAAACUUAUUUCAAAUGUGACAUAUGGCUAUACAGCUGCUGGAUUUAGUGGACGAAUGCCUUGUGCUGAGCUGGCUGACAGUAUAGUUCAAUGUGGGCGUAGAACACUGGAAAAUGCAAUUUCAUUUGUAAACACAAAUGAUAAAUGGAAGGCUAAAGUUAUUUAUGGUGAUACUGACAGUAUGUUUGUACUACUCAAAGGGUGUUCUCUUAAUGAUGCCUUUCGAAUUGGUAACGAGAUUGCAACUGAAGUAUCUGCAAGAAACCCUCAUCCAGUCACUCUAAAAAUGGAAAAGGUUAAAGCGUACUUGGUACGUCAGUGGACCAGGAUCAUAUCUGGAAGAGUUGAUUUGCAGGAUUUUGUUUUUUCAAAGGAGGUACGCUUAGGAACUUACAGUGUACGAUCUUACUCACUUCCUCCUGCAGCUAUUGUUGCAACCAAAGCAAUGAGAACAGACCCUAGGGCGGAACCACGAUAUGCAGAGCGAGUACCUUAUGUUGUAGUACAUGGUGAACCUGGUGCUCGGCUUGCUGAUCUUGUGGUGGACCCUCUGGACCUCUUAACCAUUGAUUCACCUCACAGAAUAAAUGACACAUACUACAUCCAGAAACAAAUUAUCCCAGCUUUGCAGCGAGUCUUUGGGCUUGUUGGAGCCGACUUGAACCAAUGGUUUCAAGGAAUGCCUCGACCAGAACGAGGAUCUGUCGGAAAACGUGGUGUUUUUGCUCCAAAUGCUCAACGAAAAAGGAUCGACUAUUAUUACCUUUCGAAACAUUGUAUCUUGUGUGGUGAUUUGGUACAGGGAUUGGCUUUUCUCUGCCAUAAUUGUUCUAAGAAUGAAUCUAGUAUUGCUGUAGCUUUGACGGGAAGGACCUCUAAACUGGAAAUGGACAUGCAUCGCCUUGUUGCUAUAUGCCGGCAUUGUGGAGGUGGAGAUUGGGUUCUUGAAAGUGGAGUGAAGUGCACAUCUCUGGCUUGUUCCAUUUUCUAUGAGAGGAUGAAGACUAUGAAAGAGCUCCACUCGCUUUCUGCAGCGGCUUCAGAAGCAGGUUUCUAUCCUAGUUGCACAGUUGAAUGGUUCUGACUUAUAAGAUAUACUAGUUCAUACAUAUACAUAUACCAUAAUACAAAUGUUUAUAGGUUAGGUUUGAUUUUCAUUCUGAUUAAUCUUCAUGUACAGUUUUCACAGCUGUAAAUAACAAUUAGUCUUGCAGUUAUUUGUAGUUUCCCAACACAAUUAACCAUCGAUGAAUCGAGCUAACAUGACCUUGUGUAGAGCCCGUUUGUUCUGUGGCUCGGUCAUACCAGUCGGCACGAAGAGUCAACCGUAAACUCCUCUCGGUCGGUUGUUCUUGGUGUUGAUUCCUUAUACUGGACUCUUGGUUCUCGUUCGACAUCCAUCCAUUUUUGCAAGCUUUUGGGUCUUUGCCCUAUCUUGGUUUAUUCUGUCAACAUACCUUCUACUUUUGUCCAUUGUGCAGGCAUUAAAGUAUGAUGUAUUAGAUUGUUUAGGUCUAUAGGGGCAUAUG